AUGAAGCGAUCUGCCUUUCCAGAACUCGAGGAGGUGCAGGCUAUCAAGCGACAAGAAAAGCAUAUCGAAAAUGCAGCGCCUGCAACUCUGAUGCGACCAGUCUCUCCCCCAACAAUCGCAAGGAAAGCGUCCAAGCCCAGUCCGAGGCUUUCCGCCGUUGAAGCCGGAGAGCUAACAGUAGAUGAUCAUUUCGGACUGUUUUCGUCAAAAUUGCUCGAAGCUUCAAGAACAGUUCUUCCGGGCACAUCUCGUAUCUCACACGGAGCCUGGUGUGAACUUUACCAGCGUAAUCUAAACCCUCAAGGUCGACAUUUCGUGAUACAUCAACAUGAUCAUCCCGUUGCUGGAACUCAUUAUGAUCUCCGCUUACAAUGCAAUGGCACGAGUUCGAUCAGCUUUGCCAUCAUGUAUGGCUUGCCAGGUGAUCCCAAUAGCAGGAGGCUGAGUCGCAACGCCACUGAGACGCGAGUCCAUAAUCUUUGGAACCACCUCAUUGAGACAGCAUCGCAUUCAACAGGCAGCAUGUUGAUAUGGGACACUGGGGAAUACUCCAUACUUCCUUAUCGAGAGUCAGAACAGGCGCAAAAAUCCUCAAGCGACGAAUCCGAUGAUUCAGAGCCAAUCAACCCUCAACACGGUCUUAGCGAAAGUCAGAAACUCCAUGACGCCUUUCAACAAGGUAGGAUCAGGAUCAGGCUCCACGGAACACGCCUGCCGCAUAACUACACGGUCAGUCUCCGUCUGAGCAAAGACGACUACCGUAGUGAACAACCUGGCCCUCCGAGGUGGCGGCGGAGGAGAAGAUUGAGCCCUGGGCCGGCCCGUCGAGAAACAAAACAAACGUCAAGUUCCGAGAGUGAAAGCGAUGCAUCGGCUUCAUCCAGUGCCCCUUUCGCCGUAGUGAAGAAAGAUCAACUGACCUCUUUCCGCCGCACUGCUUCCCCACCCUUGAGAGAUCACCACACAACCGCGGGCCAUAUAUCGCCUUCAGACCAUUCAAGUACUAGUAAGAAACGACCAACCAAGCCAGCCUUUCUUCACACAAAUCAUCCAUCGAAACCAAAUUCAGUCAAUAAAGUAAGCAACAUAACUGGCGCACACUCCGGAAACGUGAACGAAAACAAAGAUGAAGAUGAAGAUGAGCUCGAAACCACUCGCCUGACAAAUACCUACCCGGGCGGCGCAACCAAUACCAUAUCCUCUAUCCACCAGCGCCGCUGGUUCCUAACCCUUGACCGCCACAACUCCGGCUUUGUCUCUCAACUGAACCAAGCCACCGGUCUCAAACGAUGGGUGCGGAGGUGGAGAGCAGAUGAUGACACAAGAGAUGGAUUUGAGCGAUUCCACGUGCUGGGUAGGGACGUGGAGAGGAGUGUUGUUACGGGACGGUUGGCCAGGGAGAUUCUGAGCGAUGAGGGCGUGGAUGGUUUUGUGCCGAGAGUUGGGUGGAGGGGGGUUGUGGAAUGA